GCUGCGACUCGAGUCUUCUCUGCGUUCCCUAUCCACGCCUGAAAUAUAGUAAAGAAAGGACUUGAUCAUUCUUGGACAAUGUCAUCGACAAAGGGUCGUGUUCUUCUUGCUUAUUCUGGAGGACUUGACACCUCUUGCAUUCUUGCCUGGCUUAUAGAACAAGGCUAUGAUGUGGUAGCAUUCAUGGCAGAUGUUGGACAGGAGGAGGAUUUCGAAGCCGCUCGUGCAAAAGCGCUGAAAGUUGGCGCUAAGAAGUUCGUGCUUGAAGAUCUCAAGCGCGAGUUUAUUACGGAACUCAUAUACCCUGCCGUACAAGCAAACGCUAUCUACGAGAAUGUAUACCUUCUCGGGACUUCUCUAGCUCGUCCAGUCAUUGCGCGCGGCAUGAUGUCUGCAGCAGAAAAGGAGCAGUGCGACUACGUCUCGCACGGCUGCACUGGUAAAGGCAAUGACCAGGUUCGCUUCGAGCUGGCCUUCUAUGGUCUCAAACCUGACAUCAAAGUCAUUGCGCCAUGGCGUCUCCCUGAAUUCUACAACCGCUUUGCGGGUAGAGCUGCGCUACUGCAAUUCGCUGCGGAAAAGGGGAUACCAGUCCAGCAGACUGCGGCAAAGCCAUGGUCGACAGACGAAAACUUGUUCCACAUCUCUUACGAAGCAGGUAUUCUCGAAGAUCCUGAUACGACUCCGCCCGCUGACAUGUGGAAGCUCACCACCUCGCCUGAGGACGCGCCAACGCAGCCAGAGCGGCUGCGCAUUGAAUUCACCCAUGGACUCCCCAGUAAAGUCGUCACUGACCAAAAGACCGUGACUGAUCCAGUUGAGAUCUUCCUCGAGCUCAACUCGCUGGCCCGCAAACACGGUAUCGGCCGAAUCGACAUCGUCGAAAAUCGUUUCAUCGGUGUGAAGAGCCGUGGAUGCUACGAAAGCCCCGGUGCAACGAUCCUUCGAGUAGCUCACAUGGAUCUUGAAGGUCUUACCCUUGACCGCAACGUCCGUCGUCUUCGUGACACAUUCGUUACUCCAGCCCUUAGUCAAAUUCUGUACAACGGCCACUUCUUCACCCCCGAACGCGAAUUCGUUACCGCUUCCAUUCCCGCGAGCCAGCGUACGGUGAACGGCGUCGUUCGCCUCAAGCUGUACAAAGGCAACGUUGUUGUCGAAGGACGUUCUUCCGACGAAGGUCUUUACGAUGAGCACGAGUCCUCAAUGGACGAGCUUGGAGGCUUUGAACCGACUGAUACCACCGGAUUCAUUCAGAUUGAGUCUAUUCGGAUUAAAAAAUGGGCACAAGCGAACAUUCGCAAAGGACAGGCUGGGACGUCGCCCAAGGAUGUCUAUGGAAGUCGUGUAUAAACACAUCUACAUCUACAUUUCAUCUUCAGUAAAAGAACCACAUCCCAUAUAUUCUUUUGUCAGUGUCAUGGCAUUGAAAAUUA